UAUGGACAAGUCUGUGUAUGUGUAUGUUGUUGUAUGGUCUUGUGACCAGAGAAUCUGAAAUUUGCAACCCGUGAUUGUUUUCUUCGUACGUUCAGUGGAACAGCCUAACAUCAGGAUUCCAAUUCAGUCUGAAGAAAAUAUUCGUUUUCCAAAAUGUCAUCCAAGGAUCGAAUUCCCAUUUUCCCAUCGCGGGGUGCCCAAAUGCAAAUGAAGGCUCGCCUUGCAGGUGCCCAUAAGGGUCACGGGCUGUUAAAAAAGAAGGCCGAUGCUCUUCAGAUGCGCUUCCGGAUGAUUUUAAGUAAGAUUAUUGAGACCAAGACAUUGAUGGGUGAGGUAAUGAAAGAGGCAGCUUUCUCACUCGCAGAGGCGAAGUUUGCUUCCGGCGAUUUCAACCAGGUCGUUCUCCAAAAUGUUACUAAAGCCCAAAUCAAGAUACGUACCAAAAAGGAUAACGUUGCCGGAGUUACGCUGCCAGUGUUCGAGUCUUAUCAAGACGGUUCGGAUACGUACGAGCUUACCGGUUUAGCGAAGGGUGGACAGCAGCUCCAGAAAUUGAAAAAGAAUUACCAAAGUGCUGUAAAGCUGCUGGUAGAGUUGGCAUCCCUCCAAACAUCGUUCGUUACAUUAGACGAGGUCAUUAAAAUCACCAAUCGUCGUGUAAAUGCAAUCGAGCAUGUUAUUAUUCCUAGAAUUGACCGCACACUGGCGUACAUCAUCUCAGAGCUUGAUGAGUUGGAACGCGAGGAAUUUUAUCGUUUGAAGAAAAUUCAGGACAAGAAACGUAUCGCAAAGAAAAAGGCAGAGGAAAAACGGGCUGCUCUGUUGCAAGAAGGCAUAGAUGUGCGCAGCCAAGCUAACAUCCUAGACGAAGGAGACGAUGAUAUUCUGUUCUAAAAGCUUCCCAGCCGUUCAUUCCACAGUGCGAUUUGAGUUCGACUAAAACUCACUUCCCGUCUGGUUUCGUCAUAUACAGCAAGCUACAAAUGUAUUCGAAAAAGGAAAUAUGUUCUAGUUGUUCAUGUUCUGUUGAAUUGUUUUAUUAUGUUUUAAUAUGUUUGUAGAAUUGUACUUUCCGCAUCCGUUUGUGUGUAAUUGUGUAAUUUUUGUUUUGCAUUGCUGAUGAUAGAACUGCAUUAGGAUUGAAGGUGGUACAACGUUAAUAAAGACACAAGAUUCAACCUACAUCAAUUACCACUGUACAAUCUUGCAAGUGGAUAGGAGAAAAAUGCGAUUGUAUUAAAAUCAACUAUAGCAAAAGUAAAAUAUAGAUGUUAUAACAUAUGUAGUAUAACGUCACCGUU